AGCGCGCCCUAUUUAUUCACUCUGACUCGCCUCAACGGCAACGCGCAAAGUGGGCUCUCGGACAACUCGCGGCCUACCUCACCGCCUGUCCAACUCGCGGACGAUCUCCAAGGCCCACCUCGCGCACAACUUCGUCCGCUCCCAAGCUCGCAGCACAAGCAUCGCGCGCAAGCCCAACUCGCGCAGCAUCUUCCCCCAGCCCGCGACGCGCGCAAGCCCAAUUCGCGGCCCAACUCGCGCGGGCAUUCAACUGAUCAGCACUCUUCAAAAAAUGUCGUCGCCGCGAGGACUCGAACCCGAGCCACUCAUCCGACAGGAAAGCAUCCUUACCAGCAGGCUACAAGCGAGCCCAACUCGCGCAGCAUCUUCCCCCAGCCCGCGACGCACGCAAGCCCAAUUCGCGGCCCAACUCGCGCGGGCAUUCAACUGAUCAGCACUCUUCAAAAAAUGUCGUCGCCGCGAGGACUCGAACCCGAGCCACUCAUCCGACAGGCAAGCAUCCUUACCAUCAGGCUACAAGCGAGCCUUCUGCUUCAAUGGUGCAAUGCCUGCAUUUGAACUACUUCCAGUCCGCCACGUCCGAUUCGCGUCACCGGCACUCAACGCGCGCAAGCCCAACUCGCGGCCCAACCAGCCCAGCGUCUUCCCACGGUCCGCGACGCGCGCAAGCCCAAUUCGCGGCCGCCCUGCGUCACCAGCACUCGACGCGCGCAAGUCCAACUCGCGACCCAACUCGCGCGGGCAUUCAACUGAUCAGCACUCUUCAAAAAAUGUCGUCGCCGCGAGGACUCGAACCCGCGCCACUCCUCGGGCAGGCAAGCAUCCUUACCAGCAGGCUACAAGCAAGCCUUGUGCUUCAAUAGUGCAACGCCUGCGUUUGAAAUACUUCGCCGCGCCACCCUACAGCCCAUGCUUGCGGCCCACCGCCGCCUCAACACUCGCGGCCCACUCGCGUCACGCGUACCCGCCUCAUAAAAUGACGUCGUCGCGAGGACUCGAACUCGCGCCAUUUGUGAGCCAAACAAGCAACAUCACCAGCAGGCUACAUGCGAGCUUUGUGAUCCUUGGGCGCAAUACUCUCAUUUUAACGAUAUUCCGCGCACACCCACCAACUCGAGUCAAAAAAAUGUCGUCGCCGCAAGGGCUCGAACCCGCGCCAUCACUCCAUCUCACAAGCGCUAUUACCAGUAGGCUACAUGUAAGCCUUCCGCUUCAAUGGCGCAGCGUCUGCCUGUUAACAACACUUCGCGCCGCUUCGCCAGCAUAAAGCUAAGUACUCUAUCCCUAUUUCAUUAUUAAAUUUUUAAAUCUCAACGAAGCACACAAAUAAGACUUCAAUAAAAGCAUCGAAGACUCCAAACUGAGGGUUAAAAACCCCGACGAGGAGAGCUCCAAACUGAGGGUUAAAAACCCCGACGAGGAGCUACAAAUAAGUCUCAACGAAGCACACAAAUAAGACUUCAAUAAGAGCAUCGAAGACUCCAAACUGAGGGUUAAAAACCCGACAAGGAGAGCUCCAAACUGAGGGUUAAAAACCCCGACGAGGAGCUACAAAUAAGUCUCAACGAAGCACACAAAUAAGACUUCAAUAAGAGCAUCAAAGACUCCAAACUGAGGGUUAAAAACCCCGACGAGGAGAGCUCCAAACUGAUGGUUAAAAACCCCAACGAGGAGCUACAAAUAAGUCUCAACGAAGCACACAAAUAAGACUUCAAUAAGAGCAUCGAAGACUCCAAACUGAGGGUUAAAAACCCCGACGAGGAGAACUCCAAACUGAGGGCCAAAAAAAAAAAAACCCCCGACGAGGAGAGCUCCAUGAAGAAUCUACAAUGAGUAAAGGCUACACGCCUUAAUGAAAUACACCAACUGGG